CCCCGGCCGGCCCCCACCCGCUGGGACUCGCUCCUGACCCUCGCGCCCAGCCGGGUUUGCGGGACCCUCAAGCCCCCUAUCCUCUAGGCGGGACCGGGAUCCCUCUCCCAUCCGUCCCCCAGAACUCGGCCCACCCGCCCGGCCCGAGCCCUGGCUCCCCCCGCACCUGGCGCAAAGUCCGCGCUGCACCCCGGCCGGCCCCGCCGCCAGCGAGCCACCCCGCGGCCGAGCGCGUCCAGCCGUCCCCUCCGCGCAGCCCCUGAUGGCCCAGCUCGCUCUGACCCGGGCCGGGACACUCACUCAUCGCCGGAGUGCGCAGCGGGUGAAGGUAGCCCAGGGCAGCGGGGGGCGGUCCCGGCGGAGCGCUGUGCGCGGUGUCUGUGCGGGGAGCGCGCACGCUUGUGUGCCGGGACCUCCGGCGAGCUGGGCUCCCCGUGGGCAAACGCGCGGUGUCCUGCGCAGAGAGUUUCCCCGUCGAAGCGUCCGAGCUUUCCAGUCGGCAGGCCCCUCACACUGGCACAAGCUGUAUCCCAUUGCCCAGGGAGACCGCCAGUCACCAAUCAAUAUCGUAUCCAGCCAGGCUGUGUACUCGCCCAGCCUGAAGCCACUGGAGCUUUCCUAUGAGUCCUGCACGUCCCUCAGCAUCGCCAACAAUGGGCACUCUGUCCAAGUGGACUUCAAUGACAGUGAUGACCGAACUGCCUCAAGAUCCCAACCAUCCUGGACCAAAGAGAGGCCAGUGGGAACUUGUAGCAGCUCCUUCCAAGUGGUGACUGGGGGCCCCCUGGAUGGGCCCUACCGGCUCAAGCAGCUCCAUUUCCACUGGGGCAAGAAGCACAGUGAGGGCUCAGAGCACACGGUGGAUGGCAAGUCAUUCCCCAGCGAACUGCACCUGGUUCAUUGGAAUGCCAAGAAGUACAGCACCUUUGGGGAGGCGGCCUCAGCACCCGAUGGCCUGGCUGUGGUUGGUGUCUUCCUGGAGACGGGGGACGAGCACGCCAGCAUGAACCGUCUGACAGAUGCACUCUACAUGGUUCGGUUUAAGGGCACCAAGGCCCAGUUCAGCUGCUUCAACCCCAAGUACCUCCUGCCUGCCAGCCAGCACUACUGGACCUACCCUGGCUCCCUGACAACACCCCCACUGAGCGAGAGCGUCACCUGGAUUGUGCUCCGGGAGCCCAUCAGCAUCUCUGAGAGGCAGAUGGAGAAAUUUCGGAGCCUGCUUUUCACCGCAGAGGAUGAUGAGAGGAUCCACAUGGUGAACAACUUCCGGCCGCCACAGCCACUGAAGGGCCGUGUGGUCAAGGCCUCCUUCAGGGCCUGAGCUGCCUACCUGCCCAGCCGGCCACUGAAGCACCAUCUUCCCAAGGGCUUCCAUGUCAGCAGACACCAAACCAUCCAAGGCUCCCUGCCUAGGGCUGCUGUGGACCCCACUUCAGCUGGCUUGCUCCUUGGCCACCCUGGAGGCUUCUCGAUGGGACCCUCAAGUCGGAGGACACCUUUCAGCUGCCCUGGGGACAGGAAGGACAGGAGCUGAGCAUGGUCCGAGCCUAAGGCUGCCUCUACUCUCCAAGACCCAAAGGCCCCUGGGAACCUCCUCUUGUCUUCCCCACUGGCAAUGGCAGCAGCCCCACCCUGAGCUCACACUGUGAUGGAUGAGACCAAACUCUCCAGGUCAGGCAGCUGGCAUUGCCAGAAAGACUCAAGCAAUAAUUAGAAGUGGGCAGAGCUGCCCUCUCGGUGUUACCUCUUCUGCAGGCCUCUGCCAUGCACGCACCUCACUGCCAGGCCAUUAAAAUCAGGACCCAGCCUGCUGGAGGUGACAUGGCCUUCUCCCUCCAGCCACCUGCUGCCAUAGGCAGGCACUGGCUACAGCUUACGUAGUAUCUCCCUUCAUCCCCACCCAGCCACCAAAGCCACCUACAUGACAAUCCAUCCACGCACUGAUUAAUAAAUUCAUUCAUUCAUGCAACAAA